UUAAAUUUCACAUUCACAUGUACAGUUCGGCUCUUCAGGCAAACGCCUUCAGUCGCCAGCGAUAGUUACCUGUCGCGAUACAGUCGACCGCGCCUUUGUCGUGCGACGCGCGCAGGCUCUACAAGGCUGCAUCACACGUACUGUAUCUGGUCCAAGUGGGCUGCUUGAAGGGUCGACAGGCUGGAGGAAGAGACAGCGGUCAAUUGAGGGUUGUUUCGGGGAGAGGGCACCGUUGGAGCUGCGUCAGCUGAGUCGAGAAUGGCCGUCAGCGCAGGCGUCGCUUCGAGUAGCAUGAGGCUUGCUUCACGCCCUUCCGCAACCGCGGUGCCUCACCCGGCGCGCGCUUGCGGCUGUCGGAAUGUGCUCGCGCCACUUCGGGUGGCGCAGAUGCCUGCGCGGACCGCUGAUGCGGCAGAGCAGAAGCGUGCUGCAGCGGAAGUGAUGGAUGGCGAGGGCGCUGCGAAUGCGGGCCCAGACUAUUCCAUUGUGCAGCGCAACCUUGCGCUGGAGCUCGUCCGCGUCACAGAGGCCGCUGCGCUCGCGUCGGGGCGCUGGUUUGGCAAGGGUGACAAGAACGCCGCUGACCAGGCCGCGGUGGACAUGAUGCGCAAGGUGCUCAACAGCGUGGCCAUGGACGGAGUGGUGGUUAUUGGCGAGGGCGAGAAGGACGAGGCGCCCAUGCUGUACUGCGGCGAGCGCAUCGGCGACGGCAGCAUGUUCCCCAAGGUGGACAUAGCGGUGGACCCGCUGGACGGCACCAGCCUCACCGCCGCCGGCCGCAACGGAGCCAUCUCGGUGAUUGCGGUGGCCGAGCGCGGCGCCCUGUUCGACCCCGGCCCCUGCAUGUACAUGGAGAAGCUGGCGGUGGGGCCGCAGGUGGACCCCGAGUCCGUGUCGCUGGACUACUCGGUGCGCCACAACAUCAAGUGGGUGGCCCGGGCGCUGGACAAGCCGGUGAGCGACGUGACGGUGCUGAUGCUGGACCGGCCGCGACACGCCGACCUCAUCCGCCAGUGCCGCGAGGCGGGUGCGCGCAUCCGGCUGAUCAGCGACGGCGACGUGGCGGGCGCCAUCGAGGUGGCCAAGGCGGGCGGGCCCGUGGACAUGAUGCUGGGCAUUGGCGGCACACCCGAGGGCGUCAUCGCGGCCUGCGCGCUCAAGUGCAUGGGAGGCCACAUCCAGGGCCGACUGUGGCCGCGCGACGACAAGGAGCGGGCGGCGGCGCUGGAGCGCGGCUACGACCUGAACAAGAUCCUGCUCAUGGACGACCUGUGCAAGGGCGAUGACGUGUUCUUUGCCGCCACCGGCGUCAGCGACGGCGACCUGCUGCGCGGCGUGCGCUACCACAGCGGCGGCGCCUCCACCAACAGCAUCGUCAUGCGCUGCAAGAGCGGCACGGUGCGCUUUGUGGAGACGUACCACAAGUGGACCAAGCCGAGCGUCACCAACAUCAGCCUGGACGAGGACUCGGACGAGGCCGGCGGCCGCAGCGGCGGCGGCAAGAGCGGCGGCGGCAAGGGAGGCAAGGGAGGCGGCGGGCACGGCCACCACUACGGCGGCGCACCCCACGGCCGCGGCGCCGGCCAGCGGCCGCCGUGGUAGAUGAAGCUGCACGCACGGGUGCGGCGGUGGUGGUGACGGUGUGUAUGUUGGCUGUGGCGGGUGCUACUGCCGCUCCCUGCCGCUGCUACUGCUGUUGCUGCUGUCGCCGCGCUGCCGCGCCUGGCAUCUGCUACCCGUCCUCGAUCGUCGCUCCGCCGCUGCUGCUGCUGUCUCGCCGUAAGUGUCUCCUUGAUGGUCCUUGCCGCCGUCGCCACGCCUGCUGUGCAUGAUAUGUGUGUGAGUGUGAGUGUGUGUGUGUGUGUGUUUGUGUGUGUGUGUGAAUGUGUGCUUUUAGGCCGAGGACAGUAAUUCUGUGCUGGACCGUGGGUUUAUCCAGCAGAUAUGGAUUGCACAUCGCAACACAGGUGAACAUGAAGUGUACCAUAUGUGUGACGCUCGUGAAUGGUGCGUGUCAGCCUUAUAUGAGGCUCCCCGCCCUCGACCAGGCGUUCUCUUUUAUCUCCUUUUGACGGGCCUUCCGAAAGGCACGAACACGAACUGCGCAAUCAGAAACUUCUUUUGGCAAAGGUCAGGUUGCUUUGAAAUUGUGAGAAUCUGAGGGCGCGCACGAUGAGGGGCAAGGCGCAGUCCUACCCUGUUUCUCCAGUGAAUGCAUGCACGAAUGCGUGUGUGCCUGCAUGCCAUCGCAACUCGCUUGCUUCCGGUUGCUGUGUUUCCCACCUGUAAUCAACCACACACAAUGGCUGACAAGCAAGCAAUAAGGCGCAUGGUCAGGGACGGAUUCCACCUCAGGGGCCGGCUCGAGGCACAUGGUGCGAUUGGAUGGUGUGUCUGCGUGUGUGCCUGUAAGUAACUGCUAGCUCGUUACUUCCGAAGCCACUUGAUGGUGGUGGGAGUAAAAGGGUGCCGCAGCUGCCUUGGGCUGCACCUCUCCCCAAAACCGCAGCGGCACGCCGCGCAUUCCCCGAAGCUCUGCGGCCUUGCAUGUGCCUGCGACCGAGUAUAUCUUGGAAUCAAUAAUGAGGGAUUCAUGAGAGGGACCGCUGGCUGAAGCUAGCUGUUAAAACGUGGAACGCUUUUGGGGCUUGCAUUGCGGAUGGCGCGCUGUGUGUAGUGAGACUGCGAGACAGUGCGCCUGCGGAUGACUGCUGCGGUGGUAGGCGAAUGCGUGGCCCGUGUGUUGGUGAUGCCUGCUGCCUCGGUGGUGCCAUGGUAGGUGGUACUGCCGUGCGUGGUGGUGGUGGUGGUACGGUAUGGUGUAGUGGUGGACCUGCUACAGCGGCUACAGUGCAAGGCAUGUGGCGACGGCGGCAGUAGCAAGUCAAUCGUGCAUAGAUGCACGACUGCUGCUGCCGGUAUGCAGGCACGGGACGGCAUGCAUGGCAUGCGGCUCCGCCACCGCGAGUCAUCGCCGCCGCCACAAGGCAGUUGCAUUUGGAUUCACGCGCCGCUGCGUUUGAUGUUAAGACUGUUGGGGUCGGGCGCCUGAUGAGGUCCGCGAGGGCUCAUCGAGGGCCGCGGCGUAUGAUGGUGGUGGUGCGUGGACGAGAAUGGGUGGGUGGUGCGAUGAUGCAUGGCGUGUGUGUGGGGGGUCGUGAAUCAGGUCGGGCCUGCAGGGAUGGGCGGCUUCUGGGUUUUGCUCGUGCGGCACUGGCUUCAUGCAUGUUCGUGUCGUCACUUUGUGUGUGUCGUACUUGCGGGUGUGGUGGAAUUUGUGAGGUGGGGAUGUAUGGCGGCGGCGGGCCCUAGCGGGCGUGGCAAGGAAGGAAGACACGGCAUCGGUGGUUUUAUGCCUCGGCGGAGGUCUUGUGCGCGCAAUAUGGCAGCGCUGGUUAGGGCGGGCGGGCUGGCGGGCGCUGCGUUGAGGAGCGCGGCGGAGCUGGACGGAACGGGCUGCCGGCGACGCAGGGACGCGUGGGUGAGACCGGUAGCUUUGACCAUCAGCUUUGACACUAGCACAUACAUGCGCCAGAGGUACGUGACAGGGGAUGCAGGUAGGUGUGCGCCUGUGUGCGCAGAGGUGCAAGAACGCAUGUAUGGAGGGGGGACGCGCGGAGGCAGGCGGGGCAGGAAGCAGGCACGGUGGUGCGUGACGUCCCCCUGCGCCACCCUGGAUGGUCACAGGCCCUGUCAGUGCCCCGCUCGCACACGGACGUGGGUUAGUUGAUGGUUAUCGACUGGCCGUGUGUGCGGCUACUGGGCGCGGCGGCGGGGAAGCAGAUGACCACUGCUCGAGAGAUUGUUGACGGGAAUGUACAUGGCUUCGGCGUGUGGGGACGCCGCGUUGGCGAGAGCCACGGAUGGCCCUAAUACCGUGGGGGCAUGUCGCACCCGUGGAGGACACUGUAACCCUGUUGCGCA